UGCAUUAUGCUUCCAUAGCAUGGUGACAUAAACAACUGUACAAAAUAAACUAAAGAUAGAUCUAGAGAACUACAGAUGUGAAACUCUUUCAUAAUUUACUUGUCUCUAUGGACCCAAUGUGACCCUGAACACUUUGCCUUCUUCUCCACACUAAUAUAUAACAGUCCUAAUACAUGUCCACCCUGUGCGUCUCGGAUCAGACCCCUCCAGCACCAUCGUGACUGCAUCACAGCUGACUGGAUCUCAGGGUCCAUUUGCGUCGCCAGUGCGAUGCAGCUUUAACCGGUCCAUCAUGCCUUGCGGUGUCCCAGUUCAGUUCCGACGCAAUUAACAACAACCUCAGUGGUCUCCCCUCAGUGGUGGUGGUGGGCACAGCAGCAGGCUAACAGGCGCAGCAGCACAUGCAGGGAGCCCAAUAUCGGAUGUCCAGUAACCGGACGGACGCGUGUUGACAUCCACACGGGUUGUGACAGAGGCGGGGAUGUGCCCACGGCGUUAACUCUGCUGCAGCCAGGCGCGGAAUAAACAGGAUCUCCCGCAUGUAACCCGCAUAACAUGCAGCGGAAAGUAGCGGAUUUUACCCCAGAGAGAGACACACCGAGGCUACAGCACAACGGGGGAGUUUCACAUGCUCUGACACACAGUGAUCUGCUGCUGAAAACAGGAUGGACAGUUGAACAUUAUUAGCACCCCUUUGUGGUGUGGAGGAAUGAGGGCCUCUGAAUGAAGGCCAUGGAGCUGAAAGUGUGGGUGGAUGGAGUGCAGCGCAUCGUGUGCGGGGUUACAGAGUUCACCACAUGCCAGGAAGUGGUCAUUGCUUUGGCACAAGCCAUUGGGCGCACAGGCAGGUACACUUUGAUCGAAAAAUGGCGUGAGACAGAACGUCACCUGGCCCCACACGAGAAUCCUGUGGUGUCCCUCAACAAGUGGGGUCAGUAUGCCAGUGAUGUCCAGCUCAUCCUCCAACGAACAGGCCCGUCUGUUAGUGAGCGGCCCACCUCUGACGGGCAGGCUCGCGUCCCGGAGCGUGGUUUCUAUCGGCAGAGCCUGCCACCUCUGGCCAAGCUCCGCCCGUCAGGGACAGACCGCUCACUCAAACGAAGGGAACCCAAACGCAAGUCUUUGACCUUCACUGGAGGGGCCAAGGGUCUGAGGGACAUAUUUGGGAAAAGCAGAGAUGCUGAAGCCAAACAGCUCCAGCAGCAGGGGGUGAGUCUGAACCUGAGCAGGGUUGGAGGUGUUGGAGUAGCAUCUGUACCUGGGAGUCCAGCCAGAGAGCUGAGCCGACUGGUGCAGCUGCAGAGAGACAAACUCCAGGCCCUGGAGAGCCGUCUGCUGGGCUGCGAGGCCGAACUGCGAGACUGGGAGGAGACCAGCAGCGAAGCCAACGAAGGAGGAAACUUGGAGGAGGAGCUGCUGCUUUUAGAGCAGCAGGUGAGGAGGAACGAUGCAGAGAUGGAGGAGGAGGAAUUCUGGCAGAACGAGCUGCAGAUCGAGCACGAGAGCGAGCGGCAACUUCGGCAACAGCUAGUCGAGCUGCAGGGCCGUGUACGUGACUGUGAAGCCAAGCUUUCAGAGUACUUGGCACACAUACAGAGCAUGGAGGGAGGCCUGGAGCAGGAGCGGCUGCAGCAGGAGGCCGAGCUCAACCAGAGGGUCAAUGAGGAGGAGGUGCAAGCCCAGCUGGAGAAAGUGAAGGCAGAGCUUGAAAUGCAGAGCCAACACACGGCGCGGCUGGAGAGCAGCUGCAGGGCGCUGGAACGCUCACUUAGCCAGUCCAGCAAGAGAUUACAGGAGAAGGAGCAGGAGCUGGAGCAGCUGACAAAAGAGCUACGACAGGUCAACCUGCAGCAGUUCAUUCAGCAGACUGGUACCAAGGUCACCGUGCUGCCCGCUCAACCUACAGGAGAAAACAACAACGAAGUGGACUCUGGUUCUCUGAAACGACUUGGCUCUUCUCGUCUGCUACCCAGUGACCUUCGGACCCUUCAAAGCACCGUGUCCUCCAGCCUCAACCCUGAAGGCAUCUACGUGUGACCCCAAUCUGUGCAGGAGACAUUACUUGAACAGCAGGGUUGGCCUGGUGUCACUAGGAUUGCUCCCCUGACUGAAAGGCUCCCAAGGAUCGACCCCCUAAGCUGCUGAAAUGCUCCUGAGCAAGGAACUGAAACAAAAUGUGGAGGCGAUAACAUCACAUGGAGGAUGAGCGGGGUAUCACAAAAAAAAAAAAUCGUACAUCUGUUUUGCAUCUUUCCUUCUCUGCCUCCUCUUCCAUCUUACUACGACUCAAACUGAUGUCAAUACUCAUUUGCAAACUAACAUUUAACCUGUCUGUACUUCAAUGAGUGAGUGAAUAUUCCUCUUAAAUCACUUUCUCAGAACAAAACAAAAACAAACUACAAGCCAGCAGAUGCAUUUUUGUUGCCUGUGGAGGCUUCAGCCAAACAGCGCAGACGAACUUUAUUUUUAUGUUGUAAAUCAUGAACAAAGUUUGAACACAUGUAAACAUAAUCCAUGCACGAGCAUGCACAAACACCGACACCACACCUGUGCAUAGCCAUAUCUGAUUGCCUUACUCUGGUGUUUUUAAAACCAGACGUCAAUGAUGUUAAAACAGAACUCAAGGUAGCUACUGAACUAUGCGCCAUAUAAAUUUGAUAAAAUACUUGGCACCAAUUCAGGUGAUACCUAGUCAUGGUAACUGAUGUCAGUAUAACUCUACUUUGGCUCAAUCUUUCACAUGAGUUUGAAUUUAUCAUAUUGAUUUUAACCGGGGAUUCAUUUGUCUCAUAUUUCCUGUGUUUGUAAAAAAUGUUUGCCUUUAAUAUAAAGUAAAUGACAGAGGAGAAAAUAAAUGGAGCAUCAUCAUCAACUAUUGGACUUUUUUGGUGAAAUAUUUUGGCUCUAUGUUCAGUUUUAUGUCAAAUUUGGUGCAGAGCCAUUAAUCUGCUCUUUGUUUCACAUAAUCACUUUCUCCAAAAGCUCUGAAAUGUGAACAGAGCGAUGAGUGAUGACAGAGGCCUUUGUGCCUGCAGUGGAAAUCCUACUUGGAAAAUUGGCCAACAAUGACUUCAGACCCAGUCUGACCACCAGGUGGCGACAAAGUAUCGAUUUUUCAGAAGGGUAAAAGUUAACUGUGUGAAAGUUCCUCCUGGUCUGAUGUUAUCUGUCUUUCUUCAUUCUGUCAAACAUGACUGUGCAUUUUGUUUUUUUGGUACAAAGCCUCAGCACUUUAGCUUUCAGUGUGUAAUUCAUCUGAGGUGCCACUUAGAUCGUUUGACAUGUUUCACUGUGUUCAUCGAGCAGGGACACACAAAGAAAACACACACACCUCUCAAAGCAGUAUCACACCCACAUACUGUUCUUCCAUCUGAUUUUUAAUGAACUAAAGAUGUCUCAUAUGAACCAAAGCUAGUGUGGAAAACAAUAGUAGAUGAAUGUACUUUUUUUCUAUGAAUGCAACAUAUGCCCGUGAAGUAUACAAACUUGAGUCAAAUAGUACUUUUUCAGUUUUCAUGGUUUGCUGUUGUUAGGUGCCAGAGGGUUGAGCGCUGUCUUGUUGAAUCUUGACACAGGAGAAGCUGACUGUAAAAAUCUGACAACUUCUCCUCUUGUCAGGCUCAAACACUUGAAAACAAUUCCAUUAACAUCUGGUUGUUACUGCAUUUACCCAUUUCUAGUUGAGAACUUCUCAACAUGGAAUAAAAGGGGAUUUCUCGCGAUGUGUCUGGCAUGAAACUGACACUAACUGUGUGGGAUUAUCUGGGCUCAAAUACGACUCAUUAAGACUUGGACUUGAAAUAAUUUAUAAGUCUGUGGUUGUAUAUCAAACCUGUGAAAAAAAAACUACAAGAAAAAUUGGGAAUUUGUAGAAAAUAUUUGCGUUGGGGACUGCUUGCUGGGAGGAGAGUGGGCAGCAGCUCAGGAAACAAACCUUCUGGCUGGUUGACAGUGGCAGUGCCUGGUUUGACCUGUGUAAUGGCAGCAACAGAAAGUUUGGUGAUCUGGCAGGGAGUCAGGGCUGUCUGGUCUCCAGAGCUGCUGCCUGCUCUCCUCCUCUGUCUGUCAGAGUGAGGCGGUGGACACACACAAUGAUUCGAGACUCUAACGUUAGCUAACAUUAGCAUAAAUAUGAACUUGAAGCUGCAGCUGUGAGACUUUGGCUCCUGUUAGCAGAAGGCUAAACUAUUAGCAACAUUUAAGUCCAUCUCUGAAACGCUUUGCCAACUUUUGCCACAUUUUAUUUAGUUUAUUAUGAGACUCUCUUUUUGAUAAGUCUGUCUUCCUUUUUCAGGUUGCUCUACAGCGUAGGCAGUUGUUGCCAAUGCUGGAGUAGCAACUUUCUCCGCAGGAUUCUCCACCAUUGAAUCAGGGUUUCCGCAGUAGGAACACCCUUUCUCUGAGAUGACCUAUGAUCGGCCAAAGUCUCCUGUCACGGACUAGAUUUUCUAAAGCCUGAAAAGGGAUACAAGAGGAGGUGCAAAAGUCUCGUUUUCUGUACUUCCUAACUGAAAUUAGCUAUAUUACACAGUAUUCUGAAAUGGCUCAUUGUGUAAAGCCCUUUUUUUAAUAUGUAAUUUAAGUAUAUUGUGGUGCUAAUACUUUUGUACUUUAGCAGUACUGAGAUAAUUCUAUUUUUACUUAAGUUAAUUUUACUUAAGUUAAACUGUAGUAGCCUAUGUCCUCCACCUCUGACACAUUUUGUGUUCAGAUUCUCGCCAUUUUCUACAUCUACAAAUCUUUCUAUCCGUUCACAGACUUUAAUUUCUGUUGAGUUUUUUCAUAGUUCUACUAAGCGUGAUGUACAACCACAAGCUUUGAACUCAUUUCAGAAGCUCAGUAUCUCAUUGCCUCGUAUUUGAGCCCUCGAGAAGAAGCUUGUAUUUGUGCUGUGAGCGUACGAUAACUCCCUCCACUGUGAAGGAUCUUCGUUGUUUGCUCUGCGGUGCAAAGGUAACUGGAGAACUUCACAUCACAACUUGGCAAACUAUUCUCAGAAAUUGUUCAGUGACAUAAGUUUUUUUUUUUUCCUCCUCCUCCUCACUCAGUAUGCAGUAUUAUCGUCAUGGCAACAAGUUCAGCUGUGACACAGAGACUGUAACCCGCUAAUAAAGGAAUCACAGCCCUCGCUGACUGAAAGUUUUGAAUAACGGCAUGCCUUACUGGAAAAAAAAAUGUAAAUAAUGUCUACAUAUCAAAUCAGUCUGUUGACUUUUUUUUUUUUAUAGUAGAUUGAAGUCUGAAAAAUGCAGAGUGCUAGAGAGGUUAGAUUUUAAUGCUGCCAUUCAACAGGCAGCUCUGUGUGCAUGCAGUAAUGUGUGAUUGGUUUAUUUGGACUCCUAAUUAGUAGCUACCGAGGAUGCAACAAUUCAUCUGAGAAUCAUUUUAUUUUCAGUUUGUUGUGUCCCUUUUUGCCUUGUUGACAUUUACACUGGUGGAGAUUUGAGCUUUGGUAAAGAGCAGGCAGUGAGUACUAGCAGAAAACCUGCACAUUAUUUUGUCGCCUUUUCAUUUAAUUCUAGCAAAGACAACAUCUCUGGAUGUCAAAGUUGCAUCAAAACAUGACAGUAUGUUUACAGACAUCGCCAAUGAUUGGUUUCUGUUGUGCCAUCAAUGUUGCUUUUCAAUAACAGAGCAUAUGAUGAGAUGAUGUAGCCAUUAUGGAGACAGCCAUCAAGUGGUUUUGAAAGCUAAUGUAGAAGCGCUGCGGCUCAGGGAUAUUUCAAGACACAGUAUUACCCAGACAAGAAUGGGCAGAAAGUAAUUAUGGAUGAAUGCUGUUCAUGAUGUCUCAAGCCAUUUGACAAGUUCAAUCAUGCAUUUGCUCUCGUGGGGGCUUGAGCAGCUGUUUGACAGAUUUAACAUGUAGCAUUGGCUCCUAGAUACAGCGCGACAAAUGUAACUGCUUCUGAGAGAGAUGUAGAUUUAUUUGAAAAGCAAAGUGUUUGUGUUGGCUCGUGAUUCAUGGCGGAGCUGGGGACAAACUGGGACUGGCUCAUGUGAGUCAUGAAUUGAAUUAGAUGAACUGUGCAUGGCUAACUCCACUGACAUUAACUCAACAUUUAGACAAAUUAAUAUGUAGUAUAUGUCAUCAUUUUGUAUUGUUUCCUCACAAAUUCACCUGCUUGUUUUUUUUAUUUAGCCUUCAGAAUUUAACACAUUUUUUUCUUUGGGUCCUCAUUCAGCCGUAUAUGUAUGAAAGACAUGAAAAUCAAAUAAAAAAAUGAUGUAAAAUAUAUAAAUAAAUGAAUAAAAUAUAUUUAAAAACAUGCCAGAAAUGAAUAAACUGCUAUACA